ACUACUUAAUGAAAACUAGAGAAAAAAAGCUGGAGACUAAAAUGAAGAAGAGCCAACAAAUAACAGAUACAAGUAGAAAAAACUAUAGCCAUGCUCUUCAAAAGCUGUUGCCAAGAAUAUAACAGAUGCCUUAACGUCAAUUACCGGAACGGCAUGUCAAAAAAGCAAAAAAAAAAAAAAACAAAUAAAACAUUGACAAAGAAAAUGCAAAAAUGAAAGAAGAAUGAAAUGGCCAAAACAAAUCGAAAUAAUGUCAAUAUUACUGUUACACACAUGCAAAUGGGGGCUAGAAUAGCAGAACAAAAACCGAUGACAGGUCCAGUAUCCUAGAAAGCUUUAUUCAGCGAAAAGGAUCCCAUAAUGGAACUUUUAUCACAGGAAAGGGAAUAUGAAUGAUAUAAAAGAAAAACAGAAACUCCUUUGCCGAACAAUAUAAAAAGCAAGGCUAGGCUAGCAGACGACACUUGGAACAUGGUUUCUCAAAGAAGUGAACUUAAGCUACAGUUAAACAGCAGCACUCUGAAGCAACGGAGAGAGAGAGAGAACUGCUAGAAGAGAUAACAAAUCUUUAAAACGUCUUGUAUUUUCCGAAGAAGAAUCGUUUAUAUCGUGAACAAUAUGAAGAAAUUACAUCUGAUGAUAAACAGUCUCAUCAAACGAAUGUGUAACAGGAGAAACUAACCCAGCAUAAGUCAAAGGUGAACAUCGGAAAGUUAGGAAAUAACAGAACAUCACUCAGAGAUAACGAAAAGAGAGAGAGAUAGAGAGAGCGGCAAGAAGAUGCCAAAUGAAGUUUUUAAAACAGCUUGAAAUUUUGGAAGGCUUUGCUAGCAGACGACUCUUGGAAUCAGGUUUCUCAAAAAAAUGAAACUUAAGCUAUAGAUAUAGAGCAACUUAUGCAGCCCUCGGACAUAGAGAGAAAGUGCUUCAAGAAGAGACAGCGCAAACAAUGUUUAGGUUUAUAUCCUAAUUUAAAAACUACUCUCUACAACAGAAAGUGUAACUGAAAAACAACAACCAGUUUAAGUAAGCUACAGGAAACCAUCGGGAAAUUGUGAAGUAACCAGGCAGUAGGUGAAAAUGAUAUAUAUGAGUCGGGCACUGAAAAGAAAAGGAGUUCUCCAUAGCCCGUAUUACAAGAGCUUCAUAUAUAUACAACAGAAUGCAGAACUCUGAGUUCAAUGCUGAACCAUUUAACGCUGGUAAAACUAAAAGUUUUGUAUGGUUCCUGUUUUCAAAUUUCUUUUAAUUCAAGCUUUUUGAUCGCCACUAAAAAGCUUUUAUUCUUCAACAUAUAAAUAAUUUCCUUCAAUAAAUGUCCCUUUGUUUUAUAAAUAACUUACGAUUACCAAAAACUAAAUAAAUUUAUAAAACUAUGUCGUCACCUCAAAAUAAUGAUCACAAAAGCUCUGAGGGCUGUCAUAAGCUCUCACCCCAACUGUUGAUACAUCAUCAUCAGCAACAACAACAGCAUCAGCAGCAACAACAGCAUUUAUUUCAAUUGCAGCAACAUAUGCAAAGUUACCAAAAACAGCAACAGCAGCAGCAACAACAACAGCAGUUGCAACAAGACAAACCUACAUUUGUUUCCGAAAGUAGUUUGACACAUUUACGUACUAGUGGUAGUAAUCUCUAUGCCAUUAAAGAGCAAACCGAAGACGAAGAAGAUGAAGAAGAAGAUGUCGUUGUCGGUGGAGAAAAUAAACGUCAACCAAGUGAAACAUUGGAUAUUGCAUACGAUGCAGAUGUUGAUGAUGAUGUACCCAUGUGCAGUAGUGUGACAGGUGUUAUGACAACCUCGGAGAUUUGUGAUAAUAGUGCUGCUGCUGCUGCUAUUGGGGAAAAAGCACAAAGAUUGGAGGAAGAAAGGCAGCAUAUAUAUGAGCUUUUUCAACCUUGGGCUUUGAAAACUUAUGGCGAUCAGGCUAAAACUAAAACGAUUACCAUGCGCAAAAAGAUAAGAAUCUUAAAGGCUUUGGAAGGCAAAGAGCAUAGUCGACCGGAUAGUUCGAAAUUUCGUUUUUGGGUUAAAUCUAAAGGUUUCACCACCAAACGCCCCGAAAGCUUUGAGGAUGCACCCUGCACACAACGCCCCAAGAAACCUUUAGCACCCAAUGCUAUACUUUCGGAAAAUCCGGCGGAUGUAGAUCUAUAUGUGGCCACUACUAAUAAGGAUUUCAUGGAAAAACGUCAUUAUCGUAAAGUAUCGGUGGUUGAGGAAUUUUUCGACAUCAUCUAUAACAUACACAUGGAAUUGGGCGGUAGAAGUGGCAUGCACGCCGGUCAAAAGCGUACCUAUCGCAUAAUCUCUGAAACCUAUGCUUUUUUGCCUCGAGAAGCCGUCACAAGAUUUCUUUCUAUUUGCCCUGAAUGCAAAAAGAAUCUAAGACCUUCUUCUCCCUCCAGCUCAGCAGCUGCUGCGAGAGAAGAAAUUGCCGCUCAAGUUGCUCAAAAUGAAAAUUCUUCGGAAUUUGAGGUCUUGAAUUAUUCCUCACACACGGAGAGUUCUUUAGAGGGAGGAACCACUACAAAAACUCUAACAAAAUUAUCAACACCAGCAACAUCAGCUGCAGCUACAGACACUUUAGUUCGUCCUCUGACACAGGCUAAAAAGCGCAGAUAUUCUAAUCCCGAUAAUAAUUCAAAAGCUUUUGUUGUACCCACUGAGCAUAUAGAUUUAACACAAUCUUCUAUACCGCGACGUAACUCAAGUCCCAUUAUUAGUUCUGGCUCUAGCAAAGCCACUACACAAUCUACUACCAAUUUACCUAAACUAAGAGUAAAUCCUCAUUUACAGAGACCCUUUACACCACCCCUAACAGAAAGUUCAGCUUUUGCUCAACCUCAUUAUGGUUUUGGUUUUGAUUUUCAUUCUUUCAAAUCACGCGAUAAUUUAAUGCGUUAUUAUGAUUUUAUGAGACGAUUAUAUAGUGGUAAUAUUUUCAUGCCUCCUACUAUCAGUACAGCUCAUUUACCGCCUCCACCUCCUUUGCCCACAUUAAUUAAUAAAGAUAUAUUACCUUCUCUACAGACAGUGGCUCAAAAACUACCUCUCUCUCAACCCCUAGAACCCUCUAACUCUUCUUCGGAAGAUGAUAAUGAUAAUACCACUAUAUUAUCAGCCAAACGUUUUAAAAGCUCUCCCGAAAGCUCUCACAUAACAACAAAAGCUUCAGCUCCAUCGGUCGAAUUACAAAUACCAGCAAUCGAUAAACAUUUCAUACAACCCACACAAGUUUGUGCAAUUAAUCUGUCGAAAAAUUCUUUUUCUUCUACUUUCAGCUCUCACGAAAAAUCUGGCUUUGAACCUAAAACUCCUACAAGUAUUAGCAGCAAACCGGCGUCUACCUCGACACCCACCACCUCGAUUAAGAAAGAACCUAUAACAUCACCUCCUAAAUCCUUGAGUUUGUCUCAUAGUAGUCUUCGUAUGCCAACAAUAUGCUCAUCUGCCAACACUUUGCCUCCGUUAGAUUUUGAACGUUUAAAACCGAUUACCUCUACAUAUCUGCAGUUAACACGCAGCAUGGGUUUGAGCGAUGAGGAGGCAUUACGUUUUGAUAAUGUGAAAAUUCUGACCAAAGUUAUGCUACAAAUAGUAGAUAAAAGCAGCAGCUAAAAAUAUGCUACACAAAUGUUAACAUAUUAAAACAAUAUUUGCAAUACUUAUUAAGAAAUAAACAAUAGUAACGCCAACCACCAAUUUAAACUAAAUUUUUUCCCUUUCUAUGAUCUUAAUAAUUGUCAAUAAUA